CAGAACACAAUGUCGUUUAAUUGGUUUUCGUUAUGUUAUUUUAUCUAGUCGAUUUUACAGUAAAUAUGUACGUUUGUUGUCUUAUAACUCGACAUGUUCUAUCAAAUAGUGUCGCAGAAUAGCUUCUCAAAGUGUGUGAAACUCCUAAUUAGCUCUAUGUUUCUCGGUUUGUACUGUGAUAAGGACACGGACACCUACCUUAGCGGCAUUCGACCACCUCGAAGUGUAGAUUUUUAGACUUGGUGAAAUCUAUAGAUUCCAUACAUAAUGAAUCACAUCGCUCAGUAUCGUAAUGGCCUACACCAAAUACACCACAACCCUUGCCCUCCUAUCCACAAUUUCACCGGAAGGUUCCCUUCCCCCAACUUAGGUCCUUUACCUGAUAAUGUUAUGAUACCUCAAAUAGUUGCUGAAGGAACAAUACAGUACCACAAUGGGCCUUUACAGCCUUUUCUUUCUACUCCAGAUAAUAGAGCACAACAACAGCAGCAGCAACAAAAUGAUGAUAGUUCAAAAGUUUCAAGUCAUCGGAAACAGACAAUGAGUAUCAGGAGUUUUCAGACUGUCCAGACUCCUAUUAUUGCUACACCUACCUGUUCAACACAGCAGGAACCACCACCAAAAGCCGCAGAAACUGGUAGUUGUAAUGAUAACAAUUAUAAACCCCCUCAGACAUCCAAUGUUGAUAAUCACCAGUUUGUUCAACAUUGUGACCAAGGUCCAAAAAGUUGUGUGCAGUGUUAUAAUCUAUUAAAAGGUGAAACUUCGGGCCCUGUCAUCAAGGUAAUGGUUGAUGCUGCUACAAUGACCGAUCAGGAUGAAAUGGACCAGACAGGGAAUUGGUCUGUUGUGUCUAACUCCUCGCCCCCGCCUAACACCAAAGUCACCGAGUAUCUAAGUAGUUUACGUCAAUUCUUGAAGGUUGACCAAAAGCCUCAUGAAAGCAGAAAACAAAGACAAGGUGAUGUGAGGAUCGUCACCUCCCCAGAUGGAACUAGGUUGUAUUUUUGUCCUGAGUGCCAUGCAGCUUAUCCUGACAAAAAUUUACUCGAGCCUCAUCUAGCAGCCCAUAAAAUUGAGCGAAGGUUUAUCUGCAACGUAUGUGGUGCCGGCUUGAAACGUAAGGAACAUCUAGACAGACACCAGUUGAGUCACAGUGACGAACGGCCGUACAGCUGCGGAGUUUGCUCGAAGACCUUCAAGCGGAACGAGCACCUUUCCCGUCACAGCAUCAUCCACUCAGGCCUCAAGGCGCAGAGAGAGCGACCUUGGAUCUGUGGAGUUUGCGGCGCAGCUCACGUACGAAAGGAACAUCUAGACAGACAUCAGCUGACGCACACAGACGAACGGCCGUAUCCAUGUCCGCUGUGUCCGAAGGCGUUCAAACACAACGAACACCUGUCACGACACCUGGUCAUUCACAGUGGACACAAGACGCAGGAUCGACCUUGGGUGUGUGGCGUGUGCGGGACGGGACACGCUCGCAAGGAGCAUCUGGAACGGCACCAGGUGACGCACUCGGACGUGCGACCGCAUGCGUGUCCCGCGUGUCCCAAGAUGUUCAAACGCAACGAGCACCUGACCCGCCAUCUGGUGAUACAUAGCGGACAGAAGACAGAGCUGUGUAGGGAAUGUGGGAAGACAUUCUACCGUAAGGAUCAUCUGAGAAAGCACGCGGAGAGUCAUCACAAGAAACGGACAAAGCAGAUGAUGACUCAACCUAUGCCGACUCAGACACUGCCCAUGCUAAUGCCGCCACCUGUACCAUCAACAGUGUAAACAAACAUUCUAACCACUCAAGUUUUGAGGUUUGAUAGACCAAUGAAUGUAAACUAAUUUCCUUUUAGAAAAUAAGGUCUCAAUCAAUUUUAUCACAUGCACUUUACCUUUGACUGAAGAAAACAUAUGGCAGAGCCAAUUAUUAGCAUAGACUAACCAACACAAGUAGAAUUCUCAUCCCAUUGUAAAUUUGAUGCUCGUUUUUCGUGUCUAGUUUAUGUCCGGUGACACUGAUAGCUAGUGUUGACAAAAUUUUGUUUCUAUUAUUAUAGGGUUAAUUUCAUGAUUUGUCCUUUACUAUUUGGUUAUAACUAGUGAACGAGUUAUGGUUUGUGAUUACAUCGUUUUAUUUGGUUAAACGAUAAUUCAAAUGACUGAAAUAAUAAGAAACAAAUUGCAAACAAAACUCAACCUCUACUGUGCACCAGACGGAACUAACAAUACAAUUUUCUUCAGCUGGUCCAUAAGGAUGAAAAAUAUAUCAAGGGAGUAUGUUUUAUCAUUGGCUAUUAGAUAGUCAAAGGUUUUAUCUAUGGUAAUAGUUAUGCCUGAAUUAGUGAGAGCCACAAUUUAUUGGUUAGGGACUGAUAAGGCACCAAGAAAGUAUGAGGUAGUGAUUGCUUCUUCUUUUUUACAAAACAUUUAUAUAAAUCAUUCACUCCUGUAGCAGCAAUUGUCAACAACAUAAGGCUCACAACUUCACCUGACAUUGAAUCGUGGCUCACAUUAACCUCAGCAUUUUCAUCAAUAUCGAUUGUGUAUUGUGCUAAAAAUCAAAUCACUCAACAUAAAACUUUAAGUCAUAUUUUCUUAAACAGAAAAAGAGUCUAUAUACUUUACAUGAUUGCCGUACUUUUAAAAAUAAGAUUGAAAGCUAUUAAAGAUAUGAUGUAUCAAAUUAAAAAUCAAAUGUGUCAAAGAUAUAGGUAUUGUCAAGGAUUACAGUAUUUAAAAUUGUGUUCUAUCAGCUCAAACAUUAAAAAUGAUCAAGAUGAUUGUGAUAUAAUUGUUUGUCAGUGAUUUUAUUAGGAAUUUACAUAAAGCUUAUUCUAGUGAUUAUCUGAUUAUAUUUUGGUUGUUGCUUGAAUUUGUAUUUAGGUACUAUGUUUUUUUUAUUUAAUUUGAUGACAGCUAUUUAAUUAGAUGUUAAGUUUUUAUUUGAUUUUUUAUACAAAAUCUACCAUGAUUUUAAGAAUAACUUUAUUGAGCUACUUUAGUCAAAAUGUAUGUUAUAUUAACAAAAAACUUGUUUACUUGAGAAAAACAUUUUUAUUCAAGGAAACUUUCUAAUGGACUGCCUUUAUUUAUCCUUAUAUAUAAUACGUGAAGGCGAUUUCUACAAAACACUUUUGUUGUGUGCCUAAAAUUAUAGCUUUUUUAUUUUUAAAGUGAAGUCUCGGGGCAAGAGGCACUUGCUUCAAACACAGUAUUUUUAAAGAAUGAUAAUUUGUUUAAUUAAUUUCAUAGGGAGUAAUUACUGGUAUCCGAAUUGAACUCUUUAGUGAUCUAUUUGGUUAAAUGCAGAUUCAAAGGUUUUCACUUAAAUCCCUCUCUGAUCCAGGUAGUUGUCGAAAGUUUUAAUCUUCAGGAUUGUGUUGUUAAAACAUUCACUCGGUACUGACUGUCACAUGACCUGACAUACACAGAAAUGAAUCACCCAGUGGGGGAUAUGGUUAAAAAACAUUUAAUUGUUUUAUAGAUAUUGAAGCUUUAUUUUUAUUCCUCGGUUUCACUAUUACUUUUUAUUCCCCGCUACAAUAAUUGUUCAAUUUUCUAUUGUUGUUAUAUUUGUUGUUCUGUUUGUUGUUUUGUCAAUUUAAUGCUAAUAAAACAGUCCCUGAAAAAAUUUUCUUAUAACAUCUUUUUGUAAAUUAACAUCAAGUAUCAAAAAUGUAACGUAAACUCAUUGAAUUUGAUGUACAUUUUUAUGCUAAGUAAAGACAAAUGUUCUUGUACAAAUCAAAUGUACAAAAUAAUGCUUUAAAUUGUAGUCAUAGUAAUUAAGUAAUUAAGUGUUUUAGAUUUAGUAUAGAAAUGUAUUUUAUAUUCCAUGUUGUUGUGUGCGAUCACUUUAUUUGAUUUAUGUUGCGAAAAAUUGGGGAGACAUUGAUAUAGCUUUUUUUUGCAUGCAAUACUAUUUUCCUUGCAAGAACAGUCAACACAAAAUUUGAAUGUUUGGAAGGAAUGAACCAUUUCCCCAUGUUGUGUAUAGUGUAUUAUACAAUGUGUCAAGUAUAUAUUGUCAUGUAUGUAUUUAUUGUAUAUACAAUGCCAAUAACUGUAUUGUAAACCUGUGUAGUAAUGUCCUCACGGCUUUCUAUCAGCUUUCUAAGGUAGCUGUUAAAUUUAUUGUCAUUUUAAAUUGCAGAUUGGGAAAAUAUGAAAAACUGGCUAAACUAGUUACACUAUGUACACUCCUACCUUUUUAUUGAACCGUAGACAAGCAGCUAAAGCCAGCCUAUGUGGGAGAACAAAUCUGAAACACUGAUGUUACUAUACUCUGUUCACAAAAUUUAGGCGGUUUUAGGGGAAGAAAUUCAUCCCAUCUACUUUAGAUCCUACCUUUAAAACAACAGCUGAGGUUCGCCAAAAUAUCAAUCAGCUGGAACAUUAUAAAUGAAUCAAUUAAUGGGCGUGUUCUGGGAACAUGUACCGGUGCACCGGUGCAGAUUAACCGGUGACUUAUUCACCGGUACCGCCCCGGGGCAAGAGUCUUGGUAUCCCAGAACGGUUAUUCACCGGUUUAAGGUACACAUCGGAUUAUAAUUUACACAUUCACCUACUAUUUACUUUAUAAUAUUCAAACCAAUCAAACUUGUUCUCACAGAAUAAAUUAUUUGAAAAUUUUUCACUUAAUACGUAAUACAUCACCCUCAUAGAAUAAAUUGUUCACUAAUUACGCAACAUAACCUAUAAAACUGAUGAACAUUAUUCGAUUCGAUGGACCCGCCAUCUUGCCGUAGCUGCAUCUGUUGUCGUUGUCCAAGAAACUGACCAAUCAGAGGCCGUCGGUGUAUUAUGCACCGUACAUUUUCUCCGGUGCAUGAAUCUUGCACCGGUGAAGGAAAAAGAGGAAAUAGCUGUCUACUAGGUUAACUCACCGGUCUCCCAGAACGACACAUAUUUUGUACCGGUGCACCGGUACAUGUUCCCAGAACGCACUCAAUGUAGUGGGGGAACUUCCCCUCAAUCCGCCUAUAUUUUGUGAAUGGUUUAUAGUUCAGUUAUGAGGAAAUAUUUUUAUUAAGGAAAAAAAUUCUUUCAACAGUCUUUCUCAGCAGAAUCAUCAAUUAAGCAACAACAAGCAUCUAUUCAUCCAUUUAAAAUAUAAAUAUCAACUCAUUUUUAUAAUCAUAGAAGCACCGGUUCUUUUAAAUGUGUUAAUUACAAUUUAUCUUUUAAGUAAAUUUUGGCUGUUUGUUUGCGUUUUCCGUUUCUCUUUCAGGAAAAAUUAAAAUCAAAUUAUUUUAGUUUCACGUUUUCCCAUUUGCCGAGAUCUGUGAUUUUUAUUACUAUUUAUUACUAAAUAUUUUUAAUGCAGGGUAGUUAAUAUGAACAAAUUUACCGGUUACAUAUUUUUGUGUAUAAUUUAUUUUGUUUUGUAUGUCGAACAUGUGAUGUUUUAUCGUUAUUAUUACUUGUUUACCCCAAAUAAUUUUUCUUUUAGUUUUGAGUGCCAUAUCGCUGAUUUUCAUCUAAAACAUGUGUUUCAAUCUUAUAUCGAGCCAUUCCAAGUUUAUAGUUGUAGUUUUGUUACCUGAGUAAUUGAUGUAUGUACAGUGCAGAAAUAAAGUGUACUAAUUAAAA